AUGCGAAGAGGAGAUUGUGGUGGCAUCCUCUUCAAGACUGCCACGCCGCACGAGGAACGCGAGCACCAGGGGCUCCCCCCUGCGAUGUCUCACCGCUCCGCGCAGAACCUGCAAACUGCAGAGUUACUUUUUGCCACCCGCCGGUGGCAGUAUCGAAGGGUUCACUGGUUCGUCUCGAGGACGGGAGAGAAGGUGUUGCCACUCUUCAAGCUUUGGAAGAAAACGAUCACUUCUUGUGGAUUCCAGAAGCAGAGGAAACCUUCCAAGAUCUCAAAAGGUCUUCAACGACCAGUAUACUACGUCAGUGAAGCCUUACACAACGCGGAGGCUCGGUACCCACAGGCACAGAAGCUGCUAUACGCCAUGCUGAUAGCCUAUCGCAAGCUCAGGCACUACUUUCAGACCCACAAAAUCAAGGUAAUCUUCUUGCUCCCGAUUAGAGAAAUUCUCAAUAGCAGGGAUGCAGCAAGGAGAACAACGAAGUGGGCAGUAGAGCUCAGGGAGUUCGAUAUUCAGUUUGUCCCCAGAAUGGCUAUCAAGUCCCAGGCACUGGUUGACUUCAUGGCCGAGUGGUCAUCCUUUGAGCCCGAGCAUGAACAACAACUAGAGGCGGACGAGCACUGUACCAUGCACUUUGACAGGUCAUUCACACUGAAGGGAGCAGGGGCAGGAGUGGUCUUGACAUCACCAACCGGCGACACCCUCAAACUCUUACUGACCCCGAAGUUUCAGACUCUGCAAUCCUUGCUUCCAACCUCGGAGGUAGUGCUGAUGGCGGCCGAGAAGUCCGUGUUCAUCGACCAGGUGUACGCGCAGCCGCUGACCGCGGAGGAGAUGGUGGUGAGGUACCUCGGGAGCUCUGGCUAUGGUGGUGCCCGCUUCGAGAGCGUGGCGCCAGCUUCUGUGCACGUUGGUGGUGCUCAAUUCUCUGGCGUCGCCCCUGUCGACGUGGGCUCCCUCGUGGCGCGGAUAGGCAUGACUCCGACGGGGUUCGAAAUGCCAGAGGGGGCCCUUGCGGCCGCCGGCUACGGCACCGUUGAUGCUGUUCCCGAUGAGGUUGCGGUGGCUCAGCAACCAAGCGACGGCAAGCCGGCGCCGUUCAAGGGAUCGUGGACAGUGGAAGAGGACAACAUACUGAAAGACAUGGUGCAGCAGCAUGGUGACCGGAAGUGGUCGGUGAUAGCAGGGUCUCUCCCAGGCCGGAUCGGGAAGCAAUGCCGCGAGAGAUGGAUCAACCAUCUACGCCCUGACAUCAAGCAAAAUGACGUAUGGACCGAGGAGGACGACCUGAUGCUUAUAGACGCGCACAAGUACUACGGAAAUCGCUGGUCAGCGAUCGCAAAGUACCUCCCGGGCCGGUCAGAGAACGCCGUGAAGAACCACUGGAACGCGACGAAGCGCAGCUUGAAGGCGAAACGCCGACUGAAGAAGAAGAAGAGCGAGCAGGCGCCACCCGGCCAGUUUUCCGUCCUAGAAGAGUACAUCCGCAACCUGGACCAGCAGGCCCCCAAGCCUACGGCGCCGCCGACGGUGCACACGCCACCGCACCUCCCUGCGUAUAGCGGGCUGGUCCAUCCGGGCGUGCCCACGCUGGCAGCCAGCUCCAACCCGCCCGAGAUGUGGAUGAAUUUCAGUGCCGCCAACUCGGCUGGGUCGUCGUCCCACCUGGGGACGAUAAAUCUCAGCAGACCGCUGGUGCCGGACCUGAACACCAGCAGUGACCCGCAGCUGUACUACUACCUGAGCUGCCCGAUGUACCUUCCGGCGCCGGCGCCACAGCUGCAACAGGCUACACAAGACCCUCAUCAGCAUGAUUACACCAGGUUCAACUAUGCAUUCGCUGAUUACCACACGAUGGACGGUGAGCUUGGUAGGUACUACGCAGGCGAAUCCUUCAGUAAUGUCAAUGCCAAUGGAAACGGCUACUACAGCGAGGCAGGGCCGAGCAGCGCCGGCGGCAGUGGUGAUCCGGAUGGCACCGACGAUGUCGUUGAGCUGGCGUCGAGGGAAUUCCUGACGCCCACCAAAGAUGAGGUCACUCUUGACUUGACCAGGUUCAAGUGA